AUGCCGAAAGGUACAGCGAAUGGCAACGCAGACGCGCGACACCAGCAGAUCGCAAAGCCGUAUAAAGAAAUUGCGACCAAUCUAUCAAGCAAAAUAAAGUGUGAUCCGUCCGUUAUGGAUCUCCUGGCUCCUGACACGAUUGAGUUGGCCAACUACGUCGUCAAACAAUUGAAAGAAGAAGAUCCUGGUGUUUUUGUGCAGAUUAUCGACCAGAAUGCACUGCAUCAAGCAUUGGCUCUCAACCAUUCACCUGUAGCGCAAGGUGCCAAUGCUGAUGCAUCGGCUGAAGCCUUUCGCGCAUGGCUCAUAAGCGGAGCUCGGAAUGUCCACCCCAACAGUCAAGUUCCCCGUAAUUCGAAUUUUGCAUUGGCAUUCCAUCAACUAACUCAAGUCGAGGCCAUUGGUAUUGCAUAUGAACAGUGGCACCACCGGCGCUGGUAUAUUCAACUUGAAGACAAUCGACUCGGAGGAAAUCCGAUUGGACAGUUUGCGAUCGUGUUUUGGAUGGCUGGCACAGGAGAUCAACGAGCCACUUUUUCUGCCCUCCAAAACGUGUUUGGCUGA